UAGCGAGAGCGGAGUUCUCCGGCUACAGAGGCGCUGUGUCGGGCAGCAGCAUUUUAUCAUCCCCUUUGGUGAGGGGACAGAGGGUCAUCGCCACCCCCCAGCCUGGAUAGACAGGCAGGGCCCCUGGGGGGGAGAUGGGGAUGGAGCUGGCAGGUGGCUGCGUGUAAUGUCAGCUGAUCUGCUGGAUACAGGAUCGGGAGGAUACAGGAGCUGACACCCGGCUGGCAGGACUACACACUUGGCUGAAGCUGAUCUUGUAAAUGUAUGUGUUAUCCACAAUGGCAGAUCACCAUCCUCCGCCGCUUGACAGCACUCCGCUCCUGUCUACCGAGAUUCCUCUUCUGCCUGCACCGAUUGUGAAUGGAGAAGGAGCACAACAGGUCAUUGUGGUGCAUGUCAACCCUGGAGAAACAUUCACGAUUCGAAGAGAAGAUGGCCAGUUUCAAUACUUUGCAGGCCCUGCUGAUGUGCCAAUGAUGUCUCCAAAUGGAUCGGUGCCUCAGAUUUACCUGCCUCCGGGAUACGCUCAGCAGGUAAUUGAGGACAAUGGUGUACGUAGAGUUAUUGUGGUUCCUCAUACCCCAGAGUUCCACACAAGCAGCCAUACGGUCAUACACCGGCCGCCUCCUCCGCUUCCCAGCUUCAUUCCUGUUCCAGCUAUGAUGCCUCCACCGCCUCGUCAUAUUUACUCACCAGUAACUGGAGCAGGAGAUAUUGCAUCUCAGUAUACCCCACAGUAUCACUCAUCACAGGUAUAUGGAGAGAUGGAUGGCCUUUCCCCGCAUGGAAGAUCUAACCUUAGAGAUGAAAGAUCCAGCAAAAUUCAUGAACGACUGCAGAAAAAAUUAAAAGACCGACAUGGAGUCCAAAAAGACAAACUAAACAGCCCUCCGUUUUCUCCCAAGAAAAGCACGUCUCCAAUAAGUGAAUCUAACGGACUUAUUAAAGGGCAGAACACAGUCGGUAUAUCCACAGGGCAGUCAAAGAACAAGCACAAAGGAAAGGCGUCUUCUCCAGUCGAAGAAGAAACAAAAGAAAAGGAUGAAGAAACAAAAGCACUUGAAGCUCGGCUUUCAAACAUCUCCAGGCCAGAGGUUUCGGAUAUUCAGGCACGGACUGUGGUACUGACUUGGACGCCACCUUCCAGUGCGAUCAGCGAGGGCAGUGAUGGGACAAGCACCCCUGAAAUUUAUACAUAUGAAAUACUGAUCGCAAACAACGGGAAGGAUGGCAAAUACAAGACUGCUUACACAGGAGAGAAGACCAGUGUCACUGUGGAAGACAUGAGGCCUGCAACAGAUUAUCACGCCAGAGUAAAAGCAGAAAUGAACGGAGUUCAGGGAAACCCUUCAGAAGCGGUUAGCUUCACCACAAUGAGCUCUGAACCAGAAACGCCAAAUGCUCCCAGAAUAACAAAUCGGACCAAAAAUUCUCUUACCGUUCAGUGGAAGGCAUCAUGUGACAAUGGCUCAAAGAUACACAGCUACCUGCUCGAGUGGGACGAGGGCAAAGGGACUAACGAGUUUUGCCAAUGUUACUACGGACUUCAGAAACAGUUUAGGGUCACAAAACUGUCUCCAGCGAUGGGAUAUACCUUCAGGCUUGCUGCAAAAAAUGACAUGGGAAUGAGUGGUUUCAGUGAAGAAGUUCUGUUUUACACAUCGGGCAGCGCGCCUACCGUGCCAGCAAGUCCAACACUCAUUAAAGCCGGAAUUACUUGGUUAUCGGUGCAGUGGACCAAACCCUCAGGUACACCAUCUGAUGAAGGAAUUUCCUACAUUUUGGAAAUGGAAGAUGAAACCUCGGGAUAUGGAUUCAAGCCAAAAUACAAUGGCGACGAUCUUGCAUACACCGUGAAGAAUCUGAGGCGGUGUACGAAAUAUAAAUUCCGGGUUAUUGCUUAUAACUCGGAAGGUAAAAGCAGUCCAAGUGAGGUUGUGGAGUUUGUCACGUGUCCAGACAAACCGGGUGCACCGCAAAGGCCUUCAGUCAAAGGAAAAAUCCAUGCACAAAAUUUCCGAAUAGUUUGGGAUCCACCAAAGGAUAAUGGCGGAGCAACAGUCACUAAAUAUUUUGUGGAAAUGUCUGAGGACAGCAAUGGAUUCAGAUGGGACGUUGUAUACAGCGGGGCCGCUCGAGAAUACCUGUGUGAUCAGUUGAGCCCGGGCUGCACUUACCGACUGCGUGUUUAUUGCAGCAGCGAUGGCGGACAGAGUCCGGUAUCGGACACCUUAGUGGUGCAGACUCCAGCUGUCUUUCCCGGUCCCUGUCAGCCACCAAGAGUCCAAGGCAAGCCCAAAGCAAGAGACGUGCAACUGCGAUGGGUGCCUCCUCUAAUGGAUGGAGGUUCUCCAGUUACCCAUUACAGCCUUGAGAUGUCUUCUCCCAACGUCGGUGACCACAGAGAGGUGUACCAGGGUUCUGAGGUGGAGUGCACAGUGAGCAGUCUCCUUCCAGGGAAGGUCUACAGUUUUCGACUGCGUGCUGCUAACAAAGCUGGGUUUGGACCAUUUUCUGAAAAGUGUGAUGUUACCACAGCUCCGGGACCCCCAGACCAGUGCAAGCCGCCACAGAUAACGUGCAAGUCGGCCACAUGUGCCCUUAUACACUGGGAGGCUCCCAAUAACCAUGGUGCUGACAUCACGGAGUACCGCGUGGAGUGGGGUGGCAUGGAAGGAUGCAUGACGACUUGUUACUGUGGGCCCGGAUUCUCCUACGAAAUGAAAGGCCUCUCUCCAGCAAUAGUCUAUUAUUGCAGGGUUCAGGCUGUAAACAUUGCCGGGUCAGGCCAUUUCAGUGAGGUGGUUGCCUGUUUAACUCCUGCUUCGGUACCCGCUGUUGUGACGAGCCUUUGGGAAAUGAAGGAAGAGGAGAUAGACUUUGCACAUUACUGUCCUUCCACCUGCCUUGCCAUACAGUGGGAAAAGCCUUGUGAUCACGGCUCUGAGAUCAUCGGGUAUAGCAUAGACUACGGAGACAAGCAGACCAUCACCGUUGGAAAAGUAUUGAGCUACAUUCUAGACCAUCUGCAGCCAGACACGACAUACAGAAUACGUGUCCAAGCCCUGAACAGUCUGGGAUGUGGGCCUUUUAGCCACUCUGUGAAACUGAAAACGAAGCCCCUUCCCCCGGAUCCCCCCAGACUGGAAUGUGCCGUGUACAGUCACCAAAACCUUAAGCUAAAGUGGGGAGAUGGAGCUUCCCGAGCAUUACCCGCGGAUUCCAUUCAGUAUCACCUUCACAUGGAGGACAAGAAUGGAAAAUUUGUAUCCUUGUAUAGAGGACCAUGUCAUACAUACAAAGUACAGCGGCUCAAUGAGUCGACAUCCUACAGAUUUCGUAUUCAAGCCUGUAAUGAAGCUGGUGAGGGACCCUUAUCUUCAGAAUAUGUCUUCACAACGCCAAAAUCUCUUCCUCCUGGCUUGAAAGCACCAAGAAUAGAUCGAAUUAAUGAACAUAGCUGUGAGGUGACUUGGGAGUCCUUACCGCCAAUGAAGGGCGACCCCGUUAUCUACGUUCUGCAGAUGAUGUCCGGGAAAGACUCCGAUUUCAAACAGAUAUAUAAGGGACCCGGUACGUCUCUCCGCUACUCUGCCCUCCAGUUGAACUGUGAAUACCGUUUUCGCGUAUGUGCCAUUCGACAGUGCCAAGAUGCUGCAGGACCUCAAGAUCUGAUCGGUCCUUACAGUGCCACCGUCCUCUUCAUCUCACACAGAAGCGAGCAGCAGACCUGCACCAGCAAAGACACUGUGGAAACCACAAGGACAGCAAGGACGCUCAGUGACGAACAGUGCGCAGCCGUUAUCCUUGUGCUGUUUGCCAUCUUCUCCAUUCUGAUUGCCUUCAUUAUACAAUACUUUGUUAUCAAGUGAAUGGAACCGUCCAGCUUUACCUUAGAACCCAUACUUCUUUUUUAUUUGUACUUUACAUCCCUCCAAAAUGUAUAAUUUAAUUUCCAAUAAACCUGCUUUUAAAAAGUGGUGGCAUCUAGCACAGUAUUGAGACUAAAGUAGCUUUGCCCUAUUGCCAGCCGUCAUCUUAAUGCUUAUACCGUCCCAUGGUGAUAAAGGCGUAGGCCUCAGUCGUUUCUAACGCCAUCUUGUGCGAUGUUUACAUGCACCCAAGAUUCUUACUUUUAUUCCACGCUUUAAGUGUGAGGAUGAUAUACAGAAUAAAUAUAUCUGAGGGUCACCAUAAGUGCUGCAAACAAAAAAAAAAAAAUGACCAUAAAUAUGAAUGCCAUGAAGGUAACCUUGGCGCUGUACUUCUACCUCCUCUGUGUCUUAAUGUAAACCCUUUUGCCGCGUGACAGCGGCAGGGUGCAAAAACUAAUACGGAGAAUGGUUUGGGAGGUUUAACUCAGGCAAAAACUGCAAACAACUGGAAUUUCUAGAAUACUUAUAAAUAAUAGAAACUUAAGAAAAAAAAAAAAGCUCACAAAAAAAAGGUAUUUUCAAUAGAAAAUAAUUUGCUAAACAUAGGCCCAAGUUGCCUAAUGAGAAUAUUUCCGUGUGCUUACAUACCGUGCGGUUGUAGGAAGGGAAUAUACGCGUUUAAGACAUGGCACGUUUGCUACUAUUAGCUUCUCGUGCUACGUCUUUCUAAACGGGGCUCCAUCAGCUCCUUAUUUUGCAAAGUUCUGCAGAAAUUCAAUGUUUCAGCACUUUCAGCAAAUUAUGAUGGGUUGGCGCCAGUUGGCUGAUGUUUCCCAGCGCCUGCCGCUCUCCCCAUCAGCGCCGAGCAUUAUGCAUUGCCUUUUAUUUCAGUUUUUGUUUUUUCCUCUCUCACCAAAACCUAAAGGUAAAACUGUAAUUUGCACCAGAAACCUUUUAAGCUGCUUAAUUCCUUGAAUUAAAGAAAAGAAAAUUCUAAUGUUUAAUGUUAUGUCAGUCAGGAUUCUGUACCAAAUGUUGAUUGCAUGUAGUUAACGUAAGAAGCACUUUGCAUUAUUUCUGUUCUGUGAGCUUGCGUUGGUGAGUUCUUGAAUGACCCAGUUGAAGUAUGACAUUGAGCAUCCCCGUCGGUGUCAAUGAGCUGCCGGCUUAUAUAAAGCAUAUACUGUAUUUAAAACGAAAAUCCUAUCACAUUUACACUGUCUGUUCCACACACGAUCCUCGUUUGCUUUACUUUUUUUAAUUUAUUAUAUCAAAGGAUUAGUCGAUCACUAAUUUUUUUUUAGUUGUGUUGGGAGUAGCAUUUUUAUAAAAUAUAAGCACUAUAGUUGUUUUAAACGACAGUUGUUUUGUGCUUGUAAAGAUCUUUAGAAAAACCGUUCCUUCAAUUCAAAUGGGCAUGUAUUGUAACAGUUUCUGUGUCAAAUUGUGUUGUAGAAUUUGUGUUUUUUGUUUUGUUUUUUAAUUUUUCUUGUUAAAUGAAACUAUAAAUGUAGGUCUUCUGGUGGUAACGAUACUCGGUCUAUUGCCUGUGAUGUGUGUUUGAUUUUCAUUUAUUCUUUGUCACUUUUUAUGUAUUGGACAAUAUGUUCUCACGGGACACCCUAAUAAUGAAUAUAUACAUAUAUUUUUCUUUUUCUAGAGCCUUCUGUAUGUGCCAUGUUUGGCCAGUAUAAAUGAGGUUGUGUGUAUUAGCCCAAAAAUUUCCAUAUGUUGAAUGUCAUAUAUGUGUCACGACGGCAAACCUGUAGUGACCUAUGUUUUUCAUAGCAAAAAUUCAAAUUCCUAUUUUUGAUAGUAAAUGUCAUUUAAUAGCAUAUUUGCCAUUAAGUCUCGAUGCGGAUUUCUGCGUCGAAAAGAAAAUUUUUAAUGUAACCUUAAUUUUACCUCAUACACUGUACAUUCCAAAAAAAAAUAUAUA